AUGCCGAUGUCAACAACCUUUAAGAAGGCCUACCGCGCCGAUGCGAGCAAGGACCAUACUCUUCUGACUCCCCAGCAGAGGAGAUAUCUCUUCGAGACGAAUCUUCCUCCUAUGAACGAACCUUCAAGACCGCGCACCAAUAGCACGACACAGCGCAAGUCCCGACUCGGCGUGCGCAAGUUUAUCAAGACACAGCUCUAUGUUUUAAUCUUCGCACUCAUGCAUGGAAUUUUCUCCCUCUACAUCAGAACUCGACAAGCGUGGAACAUCGUGGGCUAUCAAAUGUCCUCGGUGCUGUUCUACCAUCAUGCCACGCCCCAAUAUAUCCAAAAGGACGUUACUGGAUUAUCCAAGAUGCCAAACCACCUGAGCGCAAUUCUUCGAUCCGAGAACCCUCGUCUCAGCGCCGACCUGGACCGUUUGAUCGAUGAAACUGCUGAGCUGGCCACCUGGUGUGCCUGUGCUGGUAUCCCCAUGCUCUCGGUCUACGAAAAGACAGGAGUCCUAAAGAAACACAUGCCUCGCCUCUAUCAGGCUGUCAUCCAGAAACUUGCAUUCUACUAUGGCGGCGAGCACCCCAGUCUCUCCUUGACAUGUCCCCACCAGGAGAGCUAUUCGUCGCCCAACGUGAACACCAAGGAGAGCAUUGGACAUUUGAGACUGCAUCUGAUCUCAUCCCAAGAUGGAAGAGAUUCAAUGGUUGACCUCACGAGAACUCUCGCCGACAUGUCCCAGCGAGGCAAACUCUCCCCUCAGGACAUCUCCAUGGACUUGAUCAAUGCGGAACUUUCCGAAGGAGUUAUGGCUGAGCCUGACCUACUCAUCCUCUUCAGCCCUCAUAUCGAGCUUUCCAGCUACCCUCCAUGGCAAAUUCGCCUGACAGAGAUCUUCUGCCUUCAAGAUAACGAGAGCUUCAGCUACCAGGUGUUUAUCAAGGCGCUGAGAAACUUUGCCAGCGCGCAAAUGCGUCGUGGUAAAUAG